UCAACUGCCCCAUAUUUGUAUUCUUUUUUCCUUCCCAGAAAGUUCAGGGAACUACGAAUAGCAGCAACAAACAGAAAGUCAAGACAAACUACUGCUAUAACGUCUAAUGUUUUCAUGUGACACCAGAGGACAUACUUGAGUCUCACAAGGAUAUCUAAAGAUAUUCUGAAACGAUGUCUCUUGUGGAUUUGGGGAAGAGACUGCUUGAGGCGGCACGCAAAGGGCUAGAUGAUGAGGUCAGGACUCUCAUGGCCAAUGGAGCUCCUUUCACUACAGACUGGCUUGGGACCUCACCUCUUCAUCUUGCUGCACAAUAUGGACACUACUCUACUGCAGAAGUACUCCUCCGUGCAGGCGUCAGCAGGGACGCCCGCACCAAGGUGGACAGGACCCCUCUUCACAUGGCUGCUGCAGAGGGGCAUAACAGCAUCGUGGAGCUUCUUGUUAAGAGUGGGGCGGAUGUGAACGCCAAAGACAUGCUGAAGAUGACCGCGCUCCACUGGGCCACUGAGCACGGGCACAGGGUCGUGGCGGAGCUCCUGGUCAAGUACGGCGCCGACACACACGUCAUGAGCAAGUUCGACAAGACGCCCUUCCACAUCGCCGUGGACAAGGGCAACACCGAACUCAUGCUACUCUUGCAGGUAGUGUAUCUGGAGGGCAUGCAGCACCAGGUGAACCUGAACCCUCUGAGCAGCUCCAACACCUCCAUGCCCAAUCCUCAGUUCCUCAUCUCCUCCUCGGGGGAGGUCGUGAACCUCUCGGACAUCGUCCUCACCGCUGCUAAGUCCAACUCCGUUGGUGCCACUGAGGAAGUGAUCGCUGCAAACUCUGUGGAUUCCGCCAUCCAGCAGGUUGUCGGGGAAGGAGGGCAGAGGGUCAUCACCAUAGUAACUGACCAGCAGGGUAACCUGCAGCCAGCCACUUUGGGGCAGAAGUUCUUUGUCACCAUGCAAGGACAACAAAUGGUGGCUGUCCCAGCUGGACAGAUCACAGAGGAAGUUGUGGUGGAGGAGUCCAAGCCUCCCACGCCACGCAAGAGGAAACUGGAACAAGUGACCUACCACGUGGAUCCCAAACUGAAGCAGGAGAAGGCGGAGACGGACAGCCGCGAGCAGCUGGAGAAGCAGCUGAUGGAGGCCAACCAGCGGGCGCAGGAGUACCGGCAGCAGCUGCUGCAGAAGGAGCAGGAGGCCGAGCAGUACCGCCUCAAGCUGGAGGCCAUGACCAACGGCCAGACCAACGGCACGGGCGACGGCGCCGCCGGUGCCACUGAGGGCCAGGAGGAGGUGGUGCUCCAGGAGGAGGUGGAGGAGGGGGAGGGGGAGGAGGUGGAGCAGGAAGAGGAGGUGGCGGAGGGGGAGGAGGUGGUCAUGAUGUCGGAGGGCACCACCAUCAUCAUCAAGCCCGGCGAGCUGGACGCAGACGUGGUGGAGGAGGAGGAGGGCGAGCAGGUGACGCUGGUGGACGUGGCGGAGAGCGCCGCUGUGCUGCAGACGCCGGUGUCCACGUAACACCUCCACACACACACACACACACACACACACACACUUAACUCCUCCCAGCAGCUCUAAAGCCCAAAGGCACUUCCCCCACUCAGGAACUACACAAACUAGACGACGCCCCUGUAGUAUUUCUUGUUUUUAAUUUAUUUAUAUUAAUCACCGUGAUGAGUUACAAGACGACAACUACUUUUUAUACUUUAUUUGGAAGAAAUGGGACACGAUGGACCAGAGGGCUAAUCGAUAACCGGAUACAUCAGCUCGCACUCAAGAACUGGACCAACGUCCGAGUCCACAGCACAGGAGACUGACAUUUUACCCUGGACGUGGGUGUGGUCCUCUUCACUGAGACUGACUUGAUCUUUGCUGAGCUGUCUUGUAGCUGAAUCUUUCACUGUUGCCUUAAUAUCUCCAAAACCCAGCGCAAACAAAGCCUGUUGUUUCUACCGCGUACCGGUUACACCUUCCACCCCUCUCUGCUUGUGUUCGCAAAGAGACGAGGAAGCUGGCGUGAUGCGAUCAGACGGGGCCAGUCUGUCUCUGUGUGGUAGGUGUCAGCGCCAGGCGUCGGGAUCCCGUCUGCUGCUCUCCGCAAUCACAGUCUGCGCCUCCGCCAGUUGUACCAUCGGUCUGAAAAUCAGCUUCAAAGCAGUGACGAUUUUGUUCCCAUAGUCGUUAAAACUGAAUCGACAUUUUAAGAAGUAUUUUUGUGUUGGUGUUCCAGCAGCUUUUUGAGGUCAUUGUCAAGGGUUCUGUAGCAGUGCCGUGUGUGGCUAUUGGGUCUGGUGACAGCCUUUACUGUUUGCCUGCUUUGCCUCGUAUAGCUUACAUUUAUAAUGUAUUAGCUUGCGUUUACAAAGUCUUUUGUGGGGGCGACGACUAAUGUCGACCUGGACGCAUCUGUUUUUACUAUUCAUUCCACUAUUACUAGCUCGUAUGUUAUUGGGAGAUAAUAUACUUAACACAUGAGGUAACAGUUGAAAGAACAUCCUGCCUGCUCUCAUUCAGGCAGAAGAGUAUAGGUACAACAUGGAGGAUGUGUGGAAUCGACAACUACUGCCAAUGUAGCAUCUCUUACUGCUCUCCCUUUUUACUGUGUCGAUUCUGUUUUUAUUGUUUUCAUUUUAUUGACUACAGGGUCAUGUGGUGUUUUAUGUGUGACCUGUUGUAAACAUUAUAUUAGUCAGUGUUCAACACGAUGACCUGUCUAAAAUGAAACACAGCCCUAAUUUCUCUGUUGUUAUUCACCGAGUGUGAUGCUUGCGGAUAUUAUACACUAGGAACUUUUUUGUUUAUUUUUAGUACAUGUGAAGCAUUGAACUCAUUUAAUUUGUCUGUGAAUACUGGGUUACUCCAGAGCCACAACUGGGUGAACAAAAACGACUAAAAAUAUAAUAUGAUAGGCCUUGAAAUGUUGCUAUUUAUUAGAUUGUACAUGCAUUUCCAUCACUGUGUAAAUUCAUUUAAAAACUGACAGAUUGGAAGUUGGUGGUCUGCAAUGAGCACUACAGAUGUGGAACUAAUUUAUACGUCAGUUAGGUGCAUCAUAUUUCAAUUUGCCCUGAAGAACUACAUAGGAAAGAGAUGCUGCAUAGAUACCAAUGAAUGGAAGUAUCCCUGAGCUUUUUUUUUUUACCAAGUUUGGAAAUAUUGGUACUGUUUUUAACUACAGCUGAGCUAUCCCAUAUUUAGGGGCUGCUUUUAUGAAGAUCUUACACUUCAAUAGAACACUAUCAGGUAAUUUUGAUACCUUAAAGCAGUGUUUUGUAUUUGCUUUUUGUAAAUAGAUGUUUUAGUGAGAAUCAUUAUGAAUAUAAUUGUUUUACAAGUACUUGGUUUUUUAAAGAAAAUAUAUAUAAACCUAUGUAGAUUUCAAUAAAUACUAAAUAUACUUU